CAUGUCAUAACAGUGGAAAGUACAUAUGCAACUAUUCUUAGCCCUGGAAUGUAUACACUGUCUCCCUGCCCGGUGCUUCUUUCCCGAAGUUCUAGAAAACUGCGAAAGCACCGUUUGCAUAAACAAAUCCAGAACUCUCCCAGGACAAAUCAUUUGCCAACUGAAGGAAGGCCUGGGUUUAUGGUUUCACUUGGAGCCAGAGGUGGAAGGUCUCCGGAGGGACCAGGCGGACUGGGCACUGGGGAACGUCACCGCUGCAAACCAAGCACCUUAGUGAAUGGACACUGAGUCUUGGAGUCUCCACGUCUUGGAGUCAACACAGCUAAACCCUUCAGCACACACCUCCCCUUGGGACCUCUCCCCCUCCUUCUAGGAUGGAUGAGGAGUCGCCAGAUGGACUGCUCUUCAAAGACCACGACUUCUCCUCUGACUUAUUAAGGCAGCUCAAUGGCUUGAGGCAAAACAGGCUGCUGACUGAUGUGAGCAUCUGUGCGGGGACCUGGGAGGUCCCCUGCCAUCGAAGUGUGCUGGCCUCCAGCAGCCCCUACUUCCGGGCCAUGUUCUGCAGCAACUUCCGGGAGAGAAGCGAAGCCAAAGUCCAGCUGAAAGGCAUUGACCCCACGACUCUGGACCAGAUCAUCUCAUAUGUGUACACAGGGGAGGUGCCCAUCACGGCUGAGAACGUCCUGCCUUUGAUGGAGGCAGCCUCCAUGCUGCAAUACCCCAAGCUACUGGAGGCCUGCUCCUCCUACCUCCAGAGCCAGCUGACCCCCAGCAACUGCCUGGGCAUGAUCCGACUCUCCGAAAUCUUGAGUUGUGAGACCCUCAAGAAGAAAGCCAGGGAGGUGGCCCUGACAUGUUUCCCUGAGGUGGCUGCCUCGGCCGACCUGAAGGAGCUCUGUGCUUUGGAAUUGAGAGACUACCUGGGGGACGACGGGCUCUGUGGAGAGGAGGAAAAGGUGUUCGAGGCCCUCAUGGUUUGGAUCAAGCAUGACCUCCAGGCCCGGAAACGACACGUGCAGGAGCUAUUCAAGCAGGUCAGGCUUCAGUAUAUCCACCCGGCCUUCUUCCACCACUUCAUCACCAACGAUGCCCUCCUGCAGUCCUCGCCCUCGUGCCAGACCAUCCUGGAGAUGGCCAAGAGGCAGAUGUUUGCCACGUACAGCACCACCAGUGCCCCAGACCUCCAGCCUCCAUGGCACGUCCCCCCAAGAACCUCUUACCAGGAUUUUCUCAUCGUCUUGGGUGGGAGGAAGGACAACCAGCAGACCACCAGGGACGUUCUACUGUACAACAGACAGACCAACCAGUGGCAGAAUCUGGCUAAACUCCCAACCCGCCUAUAUAAGGCCUCAGCCGUCACCUUGCACCGCAGCAUCUACGUGCUAGGAGGCAUGGCUGUUGGGUCAGGGAAGAAUGUGCCCAGCCACAACGUCUACAUAUACUCCCUGAAGCUCAACCAAUGGAGGCUGGGGCAGCCCAUGCUGGUGGCCCGCUACUCCCAUAGAAGCACUGCCCAUAAGAACUUCAUCUUCUCCAUUGGGGGCAUCGGAGAAGGGCAGGAGGUCAUGGGCUCCAUGGAGAGAUACAACAGCAUCUUCAACAUCUGGGAGAGUAUGGCCAGCAUGCCUGUGGGGGUUCUCCACCCUGCGGUUGCUGUGAAAGACCAAAGACUCUACCUUUUUGGGGGAGAGGACAUCAUGCAGAAUCCUGUACGCCUUAUCCAGGUUUAUCACAUUUCCAGAAACACAUGGUUCAAAAUGGAGACAAGGGUGAUCAAGAAUGUGUGUGCCCCUGCCGUGGUGCUUCAGGAGAAGAUUGUUAUCGUAGGAGGCUCUCGAUCCCUCCUCUCCCUGGAAAAGGUGACCAGUGACACCUCCAGCACCUCACAGGCAGUGCGUUUUGAUCUGUCAUCGGACUGGAGCCAUCAGCAGCGCACCACACAGAUGACCCUCCCUCCAUCUUGAAAUGCCUUCCUCACGCUGCCUCUGGGACACCACUCACCCUCUCAUCCUGCUCUAUGCACUUAAUUCUUGUCUCUUUAAUUUCUUGUCUCUUUCUUUCCCCACUAGUAAAUGCUGUGCGCCCCAGUGCUCAGCCCUUACACAUUCCGCGCCUCUACCCUCAGGCCCAGGGGAGCGAGCCCCCUCCGUGCAUGGCUUUUCCUUCCCGCCGAGCGCUGCUGACUUCCCACUGUUCUCCACUUCCAGACCCCAGGGCUCACUCCAUGUUUCCACUUGGAUGUCAAAUACCUCAAAGCCGAUGUGUUCACAUUCACUUUUUCCUCACCAAACCAACUCCUCCCAUGGUAGGCCUCCCCAGCCUAAGAGAAGGAAACAACUGUCUCCCAGCUUCUCAGGCCCAAAGACCUGGACGCUGCUCUUGGCUCUUCUCCCUCACACCCCACUCCGUUUGGUUCAGGAGCGCCGGGCCCAGCAGCCCCACCAGCCACCACUCUUACUCUGGUCCAAGCCGCCAUCUUCUCUCAUCUACACCCAUCACUGGUGUCUCUGCUUCCGCCUUCACCCCCAAAUCUCUCUCCACGCAGCAGCCGGGGGCAUCUUUCACAAACAUGUGAGUCAGAAGAGGUCAUUCCCCUGUUGAAAACUCUCCAAAGCUUAUACUGGAACGAAAGUUAAAAAAAAAUUUUAAUUAAAAAAAAAAAAAAAAAAAGAAAAAGAAAACCUCUCCAAAGCCUUCCCAGCUUUCUCUGAUGCCUUCCAGAGACCCACAAGAUUGUCCCCCCACCUCACACCUUUCCCCUUCUGCUCUCACCGUGUCCCCCCACUCGGUGUCGGCCACACUGGCCUCCGGGCUCACACAUCUGUGUUCACAUGCACCGCGCCCUGCGCCAGAACAUACUUGGCCUGGAUGCCACACCCACAGGGUUCCCUCCCUCCCUUUCCUCAGGGGUCGGCUCAGAGAUGCCUCUCCUCGGUGCCCUGAUCCGAUCUGUGCACGCGUCCUCUCAGGGACAGCCAUCACCUCAGUCCCUCUGUCUCCACUGUCGACCAGCCUAAGUGGCCUUGCUGCUUCCACGCCUGUCCACCUCGGACCCUUCCUCCAACAACAGCCAGGCUCAU